ACGGAGGCGGCCACAGCGGCGACGGCUUUAGAGAAGGACGUUACGUCGAACGGUGCAGUGCAACUGAUAUUUUACUUACUUUAUGGAAAUAUUUUUGCGAUGGGUUUAUUUGGUAACAUACUAGUGUGCUUCGUCGUAGCAAGAAGCCGUCAAAUGCAGACCGUGACGAAUCUGUUCAUUACCAAUCUAGCAUUGAGCGACGUGCUACUUUGCGUCCUGGCGGUUCCGUUCACCCCUCUGUACACGUUCCUCGGCGGUUGGAUAUUCGGCGAAACACUUUGCCACUUGGUACCGUACGCCCAAGGUGUCAGCGUGUACAUCAGCACGUUAACGUUGACGAGCAUCGCGAUCGACAGAUUCAUCGUGAUCAUAUAUCCGUUCCAUCCUCGUAUGAAAAUCGAGGUUUGCUUAGGCGUGAUCCUCGGUAUAUGGAUAAUCGCGUUACUUGUCACGUUGCCUUACGGAAUUUACAUGCACCUUGAGGAGCCGUACACCUAUUGCGAGGAACACUGGCCGAACGAACGGUUCCGCAAGGUCUUCAGCUCUGUAACAACGAUAUUGCAAUUCGUCGUGCCGUUUCUCGUGAUCGCUUUCUGCUACACCUGCGUCUCGAUCAGGCUGAAAGAUCAAGCCAGAUCGAGACCCGGAAGGAAGACCAGCAAGAGAGAAGAGGCGGACAGAGAGAGAAAGAAACGAACGAACCGAAUGCUGAUAGCUAUGGUCACCGUGUUCGGAAUAUCCUGGCUACCUCUCAACAUCGUCAACGUGAUCGACGACUUUUAUUCACCGGCGAACGAUUGGUCCUAUUACAGGCUCUGCUUUUUCUUCACGCACUGCCUAGCUAUGAGCAGCACCUGCUACAAUCCUUUCCUUUACGCUUGGCUCAACGAUAACUUUCGCAAAGAGUUUAAGCAAGUGCUGCCGUGUUUCGCGAAAGCAACCAGCACCGGUGGCCGUGAUUCAAGGACCGGCGACAGAUCGGAGAGAAAAAUGAAAGAAUCGAACGGAAAUAACACCUUCCAAGAAUUUUUACUAGCAUCGACCGAAACGCGAACAAGAAACGAAAAUCCGGCGGGUUGCGAAUUGAUCGCCCUCGACGCAACCACCAGCAACGUAUCGAGAGACUUCGAGAUGGAAACUCUCUGAUUCGAUUAUGUUUAUCAAAUAUGGUCUACGGUUUCCGUAUCAAGAAGACGGCCAACUUUUUAACCGAACGUCACGUAUGGCACAUACACGUACUUACUUAUAUACAUAUACAGUAGGUACUAUCAACUAUACGAAUAUUUCGAAUUAAAAUGACCGGUGAACGGAACUUGACGAGCAACACGCAUGUGUAGGUAUAUAAGAUAUACAUAUGUAUA